AUGUCCUCCAACGAAAUGAAAACCGAAGCUGAGCAACAUGGCCAAAGCCUUGGCGCUCGGCUGACCAAGAAACUGAGCAAGAGACUCUCGAUCAACACUGGCUCGAAAGAGGGAGCGAAAGAAGGCACAACGGCAAGCUCAAGUAGAGAGGCUGCCCACGAUAGUGGCACUGGCCAUCUGGCUUUCGACAACGGCCAGGAGCCCCAGGAAGGAGUAAACAAAGGAAACGUCAGCGGUGCGAAGAACAUCGCAACAAAAGGGGAGCACACAAAGGAUACCGGCAGUCAGGGCGAUAUGAAGGGUCCCGCGACAGGGAUCGGAUUGAAGGGGGAUAAUGUCAACAAGAAACCUGCGGAGGAAGUCAGCAAGCGGCUUGGAGGAUACAGACCCAGUAUCAGCCAUGGGCCGCCCGAACCUAAUGACGACAUCAAAAAGGGUCCCAUCACGACAGGGACCCAGAGAGAUACUGGACGAGCGGGUCGGGCUGGAUCUGGGAGCAGCAGCCAACGUGGAAGAGUCAGUACAGGCAAGAUGGAAUCCAGUCAAGACCAGACUGUAGCCUCCCAAGGCCGGCAAGAGAUCAGUGAAAGCCAGCAAGGGCUCCAGCAAGCCCAGUCAGGCAUUCACACCAGCCAGAGCCAGAAGGAACUGAGGAAAGAGCAACCGGGACUCGGUCAGGGCGAGGAAAAUCUCAACCCAAGUCAGCAUCAGCUUGAUCAAAGCCAAAAGGAAACGAGUCCAGGCCUACCCAGCAAAGGCACUGUCGCUGGAGGAACCUUUGGCGGCCAGCAAAUGUUGGAUCAAGAGCUUCGCGAUCAAUCCGCCAUAAGCGAUGACGUUUUCGGUGAUGGAGACGCCGGUAAAGCUUCCAUGUCAACGCCCAAGUCCGGAGCCAAGUCCUCGCCGAAGCCCGCGUCAAAAGGUGUUUUCGGCGGUGGCGCUUUCGGCAACCUCUUCAGCCGAGCGUCGGGCCAAGGCAGAUCCUCCAAGAGAGACGUCGCCCAAGAAAAGGAGGAGAUGACUUCUAAAACCACCGAGCAACAUAAAAUUAGUCGACAUACUGGUACUGGUGCUGGAGUCGGUGCUGGAGUCGGUGCUGGAGUCGGUGCUGGAGUCGGUGCUGGAGCCGGUGCUGCGAUGGGAGGCCUGGGCCUGAGCAAAGGUGCCAUGGACAAAGGUGCUAUGGAUAGCGGUGGCAAGGGUCAAGCUGGUAUCAGCAAGACUGGAAUGAGCGAAGAAGACCCUGCUAUGAGAAGAAAAAGUCAAGAACUGUCUAGCCAUGGGGGUACCGUGAGAGGAGGCACUGCUGUAAUGAGUGGUCCCAUCGAUUCAUCCAGCACCACCACCUCGUCAGAUAAAGCCGGCGCAGCUGCAGCCACCGGAGCUGCAGGUGUGAUCGGCGGUGCCGGAAUGGCCGGUAAAUCUGCAAUGGCUGGAACUCGUGGCACUGGCCUAAAGCAGGAUGUCAGUCAGCAAGGUCUCAAGCAGGAUGUCCAGAGCCGGGGAUAUGGAAGUACUACCGGUUCUACCACCACCAACACCAGCGGAGUGUCCACGCGAGCUGUCAAGGGUCUGGGUGGCAGAAAUUACAAAGUGACUAUCUUGCAGGAAAAGGCCCAGGCUGUUUCCCAGAAGUGCAAGACUCAGCUGGGCAUGUCCGCCAGCGAGAUCAGCCAACGCAGCCCGACUGUUGACGCUUUUUUCGACGCGGUGGCAGCUGAGCGUCUGCGCUGGAUGCCUCGUGAUGGUAGCAGACUCGAUUGUAGUCUUCGAUGGGCAUCGCGACUCGCAUAUGCAGUCAACGCUCUUCGGCAGUCGAUUGGGGCUUUUGCCCCUGGUGUCGAUAUGGCAGCCCAGUUGAUUUGGGGAUUCGAGAUUCUGUUGCUGGAGUCUGAUAUGGACAACACCGACCGCUUCGAAAGUGUCUUCGGCCGAUACGGUCGCGUUGCUGUCGGCAUUUAUCUCUUGUUGCAGUACGAGACCGCGUACAAGGCCUCUCCAGAACUCCAGCCCGAAGCCGCUGCCGUCUUUGCUGAUCUACUAGAUAUGGUCUGUGCUACAACGACAAGCUGCGUCGAGGGAUUCAAGGCCAAGGAACCUGACCAACUCAUUGGGCACAAUGUUGAUGCAGCCUUUGUUACCUAUGCCAAGCGCUAUUCAACCCAUUGGAAUGCCAUUGUCGAGUCAACUACCUCGGAAUUGGUGAACCAGAGCUCUUUGAUCUACUCGAGUCCCGAGCUGGGCAGCCUUCGCCAGUUCCUCGGGGUGCAGGAUCGCCCGCUCCAGUUCAUUCUCGAGUCUCGUACCCACUCCCUUGCCGAGGGCUCUUUCGAGUGGUUCAACAGCACCCUGUAUGAGUUCUCGGUCGGCAAGUCUCCAGUGAUGCUGGUGACUGGUGGUACUGGAUCUGGAAAGAGCGCCCUCGCACAGUGGACCGUUGAGCGUGUGCAGGAAUCGGCUGAGCAUAACAACUGGAAUGUCAUUCCGUACACAAUUCGCGCCGACAUUCCUGUCGCAACCCUUCCACUGCGCAUCCUGAAGGGUAUCCUGCACCAGAUGCUCGACCACUGCGUCAGCGACAAGCGCACCCAGGAGGCAAUUCUGGUCCAUGUGGCCAAGGCGGCGCAAGGUGCACUGGAUGGAGCAGGUGACGGUCAAGUGGAGGAGUGCCUCUGGCGAGGCAUCCGCACUGGCUUGGCCUCGAACAUCCAGUACAUGUUUGUUGUUGAUGGUCUGGACCAGAUUAAGGGUGGAGAUGCCGACGCAAUUGGCGUUCUAGAUAGCUUCAACAAAAUCCUUUCUGAGCAGAAUACCGGCUCCAAGAUGAUCGCCUUCACCAGACCGCUCAGCACCAAGCCAUACUCUGCCAACAUCGAGCAGCUCACGAUGCAGACGUCGCAUACUCGCACUGAUCUCGUCGCUUACGUCAACAAGAUGCUUUCCGGUUCACAUUUUGAUAGCAUGAAGGGUAAUCAGCUCCAGACUGCCGUGUCUACCAUUGUCAAUCGCUCUCAGGGCUCCUUCAGCUGGGCCGAGAUGGCUGUUGAGUAUGCUAAACAACAGAGGACAUUGGGGCAUGCAGUUGCCUCGGUGCAAAGCCUGCCACAGUCCAUGCCCGAGCUGCUUGAUUUCCAUAUGAAGAAUUUAGAUCUCGGGCAGCAUGAGGGACUGUGCAUCAUGUCUUGGCUAGCUGUUUCUGAAAGACCGCUAUUAGUCGAAGAAGUGGAGCAGCUCCUCAGCGUCGAGCCUACGGAACCCAGCUUCCUGUCGCGUAUGAGCCAAAGUGACAGCCAAUGGUCGAGCGCGCUGAGCCCUCUAGUGAUGACUCGCGACGGCGUGGUCUCCUUUGCGCAUACAUCCAUCCGUGAUCAUGUUAUCAAACAGGCCAGAUCGGCCAACGCCAAAUCGCCGCUCAACCUGAAAGAAGCCCACCACGAUCUUCUGAUGAGAUGCCUUGCCUGGGUUCAGCUGAGCGUCCGGGAGGAGGUUGAGAUCUCUAUGGAUAAAUUAAGCAUGGAAGAACGCAACCAUCUUUUCGACAAAUAUACCAUCUUGGAGUACACUGCUCGUUACUGGAUAUCCCAUCUCCUCUCGUCGCCUCUGGUGACCGAUGAGGGCGAAUUCCAGUUUACAACAAGUUUCAAGAAGCUACUUCCGGCUACAGUCCUCUUCACACGCCUUGAGCUGACGUGCAAGGAGUCGCAGUUCACGCGGUCUAGUGUUGUGGAACUCUACCGUCUUGCGACAGAUGUUCGCCGGCUGAUUCUGGGCGAGAAAUCCAUGGCACUUCUUCAGAGCCUGUGUCUCAGUGCCCGUGUAUCCAAACUCGCUCGCGCCAGUCAUGCCGACGACCACUGCUACGAGGCAUGGAAACUUAGCCAAGAGCUGCUGGGUCAAUCGGACUCGAUCACUUUGGCCUGUGCCGAGAUGAUGACACAGUCUUUCAGGGAAAGAGGUACUAUGACCGCCCAGCAGGAGGAUAUCAUGAAGUACCUCAUCCUGACAGACUCCGAGAUUACUGGAGUUGCGUUCAACCAGCGCCUGAGUUACCUCGGCAUGAUUGUUAGCAUGUAUAAGUCUCGUGGCGACAACAACUCUGCCCUUACUAUCUCAAAGCAGUUCUAUGAGCAGGUCCUUUCGAAAUACGGCACCAACUCAAGACAAUCAUCAGAGGCUGCCGACUUCUUGACCAGCCAGUUCUCUGCUACUGGCAGCGACGAGAUGAGUCGAGACAUUGCCAGAACAAAGUACGACACUGUUGUCCGCACAAUGGAAGUCACAGAGGAGCGUCGUAUCAAGUAUACUUUGUACAUGGCUCAAUUGUACGAGCAACAGGGUCAAAAUGCCCAAUCCCAGGCAGUGCUAUCAAGCCUGUGGUCUGGUCUCAAUGCCUGCGACAUUGACUCGGUUGACAUGAUGGACAAGAAGUCCAACGUCGCCCUCGCUUACUAUCAGUUCCUCCGUCGUCAGGGCCGUAAUGACGAGGCUGAACUUGUCAUGCGUGAACUUGUUGCGGACCUGGAGGUUUCUGGCAUCCGCUCGCCGGAGAUGAUGCAGCGAGUACAGUUGCUGCGCGCCGAGACUCGCAAGAUGAACAUGUACAGCCUGGAUCGCUCUCUGUCCGUCAUCAUGUGGCACUACUACAAGGAGAACCACCAGGAAUAUACACCUGAAGCUAGAGCCCUGGCACUGUCGCUGGCAGAGGGCAUGGCCAAUACAAUCUCCAUUGAAGACGCCACUGUGAUGUCUGGACGCGACCGCAAGUUGAUGGUCGAGCUUCUUGAUUCCAUCACCUCAUCGCCAACCAACCUCUCUGCGGCCACCUUGAUCCUAUGUCACAAUCUUGCAAGUAUCUAUAUACGCGAAGAUGACUGGUCUGAGGCCAUUGACUGCUCCAAGGCAGUAUUGAAGCACGUAUAUCCGUCGGUCGAGCGACCUCGUUCUUACAUGAAGUUCACGACUGAAAUGGCGCCUCCUGUUGCUGACUUGGCUUUGAUCCUCGCCUAUGCCCAUUUCCGGAGUCUGCAUCUGGAGCAGGCCAAUACCGUCUAUGAAAAUGCUUUUGGAUCUCUGGUCGCAUCGGAUAGAGUGCCUGUGAGCUCUGCCCUGGCCGUCGCCAAGGCUGUUGUCGAAUUCUACGAGACUACCUUCCAGUUCCCCAAGGCACUUAGUCUGCUCCAUACUGUCAGCAACUUCUUGACGUCUCGACUUGGGGAGACGCACACGCAUAGCAUUGAAAAUAUGUAUGUGGAGGCUGCACUGGCCAACCGCUUGGAGAUGAACAAUGAGGCCAAGAGCGCGUACGAGCGUAUCUACAAGAACACUCUCCGCGGCGGGGUCGUUGCUUCGGAGGGCAUGGAUGCUGCCCUUGCUCUUAUUGGUCUCUAUGAGAAGGAUUCGCAGUGGAAUCCGGCCCUGGAUAUCUACCGACACCUCUGGCCUACUCUUGUCGUGCUAGAAACCACGCAAGCCUAUGAUCGGUUGCAGACAGAACGUCUUCUUGAGAAGACCUACCUUGGCUACAUGACCCUCCUGACCACGCGCAUCAAGAGCUCUGACUUCUCCGAGCGCUACAAGGUUUCCUCCGAUUAUGUGACGACCUGUCGCAAUGUGUACGGUCCCACUCAUCAGAAGACACUUAGUGCGACUUUGCUCUUCGCCGAGCUGUGUGAGACAACCGAUUCGUACACAGAUCAGGCCAUCGCGCUAUACAAGCAGACUUUGCAGACGAGUGAUUGGGUGCCAACCUCAGAGUCCACUAAGGUUUUGGACCAGAUGACCCAGCCGCUGCCAAUCACUCUCAAGCAUAAGCUAGCUCAACUGUUUGUCCGCAAGCGUGACUCCACCAGCGAAGCUCGCAUGUUGUACACCGAGGAGUUCCAGCUCGCUAAGAAGACCCAAGGCUUCUUCUCCACUACCACAUUGUCCUGGCUUCGCGAACUCGCUCUUGCUCAUUCUCGCCAGGGCACUCCUACUUCCGUCCAACAGGGCAAUGCCCUCCUUCACAAUUAUAUCACUGAGGUCCUGCACGCCGGUGGCGACUCCGACAUGAUGGCCAAUUGGGCACGCAAGAUCGCCGCCAUCUACCUCGAGUGCGGCUUCAUUGAGGGAGGCAACAAUGCUCUUGAUGAGAUACGCCAGCGCGUGGUGUAUGGAUCCGACACUUCUGUAACGGUCCUAAGUGAACGUCGUGAGGCCAUCUUUGUGGCUGCCUUUGAGGAAGCCUUCGGUCGUCGUGCCACUUCUGAUCAGAUCAUGAGCGAGAUGGCGCGCGAGAUGCAAACCCAGCAGGCAUUCUCCAAGAACCUGUCUGGACAUGACUUCAUCCCAACCUUGGUGUCUGGCGAUAACCUGGCUCGCCUACUAACAGACCAGAAGCGGACCCGUGCUGCGAUGGACACGCGCACCAAGCUGUACGAGUAUUUCUGCACCACGCUUUCCGCUAGCUCGAUCGCCGACCGGGAUAUCGUGAAACAGUUCUACAAGAUCUGUCUCCGAGAGGUGCAUAGUGAAAAUUAUAACCUCAAUAUCCUCACGACAACCACAAAACUUGUCCGCGACCUGUGCAACUCGUCUCGCUUCCAAGACGCCAGUGACGUGACAGGCGUGCUGCAUUCGUUCCUCCACCUCACCGAUGGCCUCAACAACUACGACAGCAUCACGAUGGCUACAAAGCUGUGCCUGUACCUCAGUGGCCAUCAAGCUACCAAGUGUGAGAACAAGAUGCUCUCUGCCGAGAUGUCUGCCAAGUCCAAGAUGCUCUUGCAGGAGCUCAUGGAAUCAUCGAAGGCUAUCGGCCUCGAGAUCGUUGACCUGCCGUUCAACGAAUUGAACGAUAUCAUCACCCUGCUCGGCGAAUACGAGAUGUUCGACGAUUUAGAAGCCAUUCUCACUCAACUUUGGACCUCGCGCAUCGUUCAGCGCACCUGGACACCCGAUGUCGUCGUUUGGAUUGGACGUCGCCUCGUCGAAACUCGUUUCUGCCGUGGCGCUGUUGAUUCAGCCAUUCAGCUUUGUCGCGACAUUUGCUACAAUCUGCGCCAGGUGUGGGGUUCAUGCGACCCCGUUACGCUGGAGAUGACCAAGCUCCUGUCAGGCUUAUACACCGCAUCCAAUGAUCACCAGUCCGCAGCGGCGCUACAUGAAGGUGCCCUGCAUGACCUGCUGGGUGACUCCGAUGCAAAGAGUCACCCCCGAGGGGCAGACACUGCGUCCCAGCACUUGGAACUACUGCGUCGCGCCCAGUCACGACUGGGAGCCGACAAGAGCUCUUCCCACAAGGCCCCUGCUCACGCGGGCCUCAUGUCGCAAGUGGUGGAGCGUUUCGGGUUGCAGUCAGAGCAGAUCGAGGGCGUGGGUGAUGCUCACGGUGGCGAGCAGUUCGGUGUCUGGUCCCGACCCAGGCGGUUCAGUAUUGAUGUCGAGGAUCUUGAUGAUCAGGGACAAGCCCAUAACAACCAUUUGCGCGAGUCGAGUGGAGCUGGCUUGACAAGUGGCAGUGGUGCACCGAGGAGAAUUUCAGUACAGGCGCUAUAA